AUGACUGGCUUAAUCGCUGACGCCAGGGCACAAGUAACUCGCGCUAGACAGGAAGCCGCGGAAUUUCGUUAUAAAUAUGGUUACGAGAUCCCUACAGAUAUGCUCGCAAAGAGAGUGGCAAAUAUAAACCAGGUUUACACGCAACAUGCUGCCAUGAGGCCCUUGGCAAUGAUCCUGAUUGGAUAUGAUGACGAACGAGGACCACAACUUUUUAAAUGCGAUCCGGCCGGUUAUUAUGUUGGAUAUAAAGCAACCGCUGCUGGUGCUAAGCAGCAGGAGUCUUUGAACCAUCUAGAAAAAAAACUCAAAAAAGACCCUUCCCUAAGUCUCGAAGAUACAAUAGAAUUGGCUAUUAAUACACUUUCAUCCGUCUUAUCGGCUGACUUUAAAGCGACUGAAAUCGAGGUUGGUCUUGUUACACGUGAUGACCCAAAAUUUCGAACAUUAUCCGUUUCCGAAAUUGACGAGCAUCUUCAACGCAUUGUUGAAAAAGACUGA